AGCAAAGGCUCUGAACUUUGGCUAAAAACAGGCAACAGGCAACUGUCUGAGAAGGACUGAAGCCUUACGAAAAACAUCAGCAACCAUCAGUAGCCGGAAAAGGAGCAACUUCAGUUGACUCCGAUAGAGCUGCAAAAUGCUAUUGAAACAGGAGCUGUCUAUAGAGAAUUUUAAAUUAUCGUACAAGCGUACGAAUGAUUUUGUGGAGUCGAAGUGGUUUCCUGUGCAAAUAGUUAUUGUUUAUCGAGGAUUUUUGGCUUUGGUUUGCUUGACUUGGAUUGCCUAUGCUGCAGCAACAUCACCCAUAAACGUGAAAACCUUCUUUUACCUGACCAACUGGACCUAUACUACUAUAACUACAUACUUUAUCCUGUCCACAACACUCACCAUUCUGCACUAUACUCAAGGAACAAAGAAACACCAGCAUCACCGCUUGAUAAACCAACCUGAGUUAUAUAGUCAAAGAGAAAAGGAACAAGAUACAGACGAUGAAGUAAGCGACGAGGAAAAUAACCUAAAAUGGUACCAUCGUUUUGUGUGGAUUCUCUUAAACAUUUCCUCAAACAUGUCUCUUUGCAUUGUGUCACCAUUUGUUUUUGGACUUUAAUCUACAACGGAAAGACAAUUCAUACCUCGGAUAUCUUUAUUCAUAUUUUGAACUCAAUAUCCAUGGUUCUUGAGGUCGUUCUCAGCUCAGUUCCUCUACGUGUUCUUCAUCUAAUUUAUCCAUUCAUUUUUGGCUUUGUUUAUAYACUAGCAACGGUGUUAUUCUGGCUGUUUAUUGACAAAACUCAUU